ACGGUUACACGCAAGUUCAGUGGUCGGCGAGGCGCUGAACGCAAACGGCCUGCGUGUCUUUCAGGUUUAGCCCACCUUAAAAGUGCCUUACUCGAACCUCGUGCCGAAUCACGUGGUGGCGCCGGAGGGUCGUUCUCGGAAAGCCCACUCCUCUGAUGUGACUACCUUAUAAGACAUUAUGGAAGGAGGGAAUUUUCCUCCCAACUCCCCUUCGGGGGCUUUUCUUGUCACACCGACAGAAGACAAAAAUGACAAAGUAAGACUGAAAAAAGAAUUAGGAUUGCUAGAAGGGGUAGCCAUCAUACUUGGGAUAAUUAUGGGAUCUGGAAUAUUUAUUUCACCGCAAGGAGUUAUAAUGGAAGUGGGAUCUGUAGGCAGUUCUUUACUUGUGUGGGCAUUUUGUGGACUUUUGUCUAUGAUCGGCGCAUUGUGUUAUGCUGAACUUGGUACGUCGAUUCCAAAAUCAGGUGGCGAUUAUGCUUACAUUUUUGAAGCAUUUGGACCAAUUCCAGCCUUCCUUUAUCUUUGGGAUGCUAUGUUUAUUUUUGUGCCUACUACAAAUGCUAUCAUGGGCCUAACCUUUGCAAAAUACAUCAUACAACCAUUUUUUCCAAACUGCAUACUUCCGCCGUAUGCUGACCAACUGAUAGCAGCUGUGGUCAUUUGCUUUUUCACCUACAUCAACUGCUAUGAUGUACGAGGAACAUCUAAAGUACAAAAUGCAUUUAUGUUCACUAAAAUUGGAGCCAUAGGAGUAAUAAUAAUUGCUGGCCUUUGGUAUUUAAUGUAUGAAGACAAUUCCAACUUCCAAAAUGUAUUCGAAGGAUCAGACAACAGCCCUGGAAAAAUUGCUGUAGCAAUUUAUUCUGGAAUAUUUUCUUACUCAGGAUGGAAUUACUUGAAUUUUAUGACUGAGGAAUUAAAGAACCCUUACGUAAAUCUGCCUAGAGCAAUUUACAUAUCACUUCCAUUAGUAACUAGUAUAUACGUUCUGGCCAAUGUAGCAUAUCUUGCUGUGUUAACACCACAACAGAUGAUUAAUACAAAUGCAAUUGCUGUGACAUUCGCUGACAACGUGCUUGGCUUUUUUUCACAUGUUAUGCCAACAUUGGUGGCACUUUCAGCUCUCGGCGGGCUUAGUGUACACAUAAUGACAUCAUCAAGGAUGUGUUUUGUCGGCGCUCGAUAUGGACAUUUCCCAACCAUGCUAUCACACAUAAAUGUGUCAAAAUACACACCGACCCCUUCUCUAGUUUUCCUGUGCAUACUUUCCUUGAUAAUGCUGAGCUCAAGCGACAUCCAGCAGUUGAUAACUUACUGUACUUUUGUUGAAUCUUUUUUCAUAAUGAUGUCUGUCGGAGGUUUACUCUGGCUAAGGUACAAAAAACCCAACAUGUCUAGACCAAUUAAGGUGAAUAUCAUCGUACCGAUCAUUUUUGUAUUGGUUUGUGUAUUCCUUGUCAUUUUACCGAUUUAUGAAAAACCACUUGAAGUCGGAAUCGGUGUAGCCAUUACCCUUACUGGUUUGCCCGCCUAUUACUUCGGUGUUGUUUGGCAAAACAAGCCAAAGGCCUUUACUAAUGUAUUCAAUAAAUUGACUUACGUUGUUCAAAAAUUGUUCAUGUCUGCCAAAGAGGACAAAGUUGAAGACAAUCUUGAUUGAAAA